UCUUUGUUGAGAGUGGUUGUGGUUUAAAAAAAAAUCUAUUUUUAAAUAAAUUUUGUGACUUGUAUGGAAUUGUCGUAAAUUACGAACCAUGUCAGCACCAGUGGUGGUGAAGCAGUUCCCAUUAGAGAAGGAGUACGCCAAGAAGACCGGAGUCACUCCUGAGGAUGUGGCCAAGCUGCGGGCAUGGCUGGCCACCCAGCCCCACCUUCCUGGGGAUCUACUUACAGAUCUGGACCUGGUGUUGGCGUACCACUGCUGCCAGCGCAGCGCCGAGGUCUCCAAGCAGGUGUUAGAUCUCCACUUCACUCUAAAGACCCUCUUCACUAACCUCUUCAAAGACCGCCUGGUCACGGAGAAGACCUUCGCUACUUUAUCCAUGUGUGGCACGAUCCCAAUAAAGGCGCGCGCGCAUAACGACUCUGCCGUUUUGUACUGCUGUCUCACCGACGCUGACGCUAAGAAGUUCUGCUUCCACGAGUGCAUCAGAGUGGCCCUGAUGACACUAGAUCUCUGGCAGGAGGAGGAGGGCACCUGGCCCGGGCUGCAGAUCGUCUUCGACAUGAGGAUGUUCAGCCUUCAGCACCUCGCCAAGCUGGACCUGCAGACCAUGCAGCAGUUCUUGUAUUAUCUUCAGGAAGCCAUGUUGGUAAAAGUGACGGGUCUUCAGUUCAUCAACUCGCCCUCCUUCAUCGACAAAGUGAUGAUGCUGAUCAAACCUUUCCUCAAGAAGGAGCUGAUGGAGUGCCUUUUCAUUCAUCAGAUCGGCGCCACUACGUUGGAGAAGCAUCUACCCAUGGACAGCUUGCCAGAAGAAGCUGGUGGAAAGGGUGCUUCUGUGAUCAAGGCCACCGAUGACCUAAAAGAACGUCUCCGACUCAACAAAGAUUUCUUCGAACGUGAGAACAAAAGACGCGUAGUUGAGUCCAAGAGGCCUGGCCGUCCGAAGACCAUCUCAGACAUCUUCGGAGGCAUCGAGGGCUCUUUCAAAAAGCUUGACAUUGACUAGAAGUUGUUAUUAAUA